CUGCACUACGGGACCCUCCUGGGCAGCAGAGCUUGUGUCCACAUGGCAGCAGCUGCCUGGGGCAGUGGGUUGCUCAAUGCUGUGCUGCACACAGCCAAUACAUUUUCACUACCACUCUGCCAAGGCAAUGCCUUGGACCAGUUCUUCUGUGAAAUCUCACAGAUCCUCAAGCUCUCCUGCUCAGACUCCUACCUCAGGGAAGUUGGGCUUAUUGUGGUUACUGUUUGUUUCAGUUUUGGGUGUUUUGUUUUCAUUGUGCUGUCCUAUGUGCAGAUCUUGAGGGCUGUGCUGAGGAUCCCUUCCGAGCAGGGAUGGCACAAAGCCUUUUCCACGUGCCUCCCUCACCUGGCCGUGGUCUCCCUGUUUAUCAGCACUGGAGUGUUUGCCAAUCUGAAGCCCCCCUCCAUCUCUUCCCCAUCCCUGGACCUGGUGGUGUCAUUUCUGUACUCGGUGGUGCCUCCACCACUUGACGGGCUGUGGCAGGCCGGAGAGCAGGCCGGGCUCACGGACACCUUGAUCCGCACUAGCCCCUCCGAGCAGACCUGA